AUGGACUUAAAUCAGCAUUGGUCACUUAUUUCUCGUUCAGAGAGAAAAUCGUAUUUAGAAUAUUAUCCAUCUCCACUCGGCCAUUUCAAAACGGUUUUCAUCGUUCAAAACAUUCACCCAGUUCUCGAAAAUGAUGACCACGCCCUCAUUUCACAGUACUUUAACAAAAUGAAUAUUGGUUUUUCUCAUGCGUUAGCCAUAGUUAACACACGACUUGUUCUUUCCGCCUAUUGUCGAGUGAAUGAUCCGAAUGUUGGAAAAUGGAGAAUCAAAGCGAAUUUGAAGUUCACUAUCAACGAUUACAAUCAUAGAGAUGAUUCAAUAAUCUAUGACUGUGGAGAUGUUUGGUUUGAUAACAACAUUAAUUUUAUUCAACGGACAACUUUCCUUACUGCAAAUGAUAUACUAAAUCAAGAUUUUGGAUUUGUUAGAGGCACUCAAAUGAUAAUCGGAACAGAUAUCAGGAUUCUGGAGGUAGAAGGAUUCCAUCAACCAGUUGUUAUGAAUCAUCGUGUGCCACCGGAAAAUCCUGAGAAUCGAUUUGUCUUCGCCUAUCCAAAUGAGAACUUGUACUGCAGCAAAGAAAUAAUGGAUAUUCUCUGCGAAUUGAAUGGUGAUAAGAAAGUGUCUGCAAGUGGAAGAAUCCAAUUCCAAAUAGCAUCUCGCGGACCCCUCGAAGAGUUCCUUGACUGCCUCUAUGGCGCCCCAAUACCGGUUCAUGGUCGAGGAGGGCUUAAAGAUUUUCUGAAUAUAGCUGAUCAUUUCUUGGUGAGAGCAGUUACUCAAAGAGUUGCCACUGCGGUGAUCCACGACGCGGGUGUAAAUGAAGUGAAUUUGGAAUUCUUGAAGUUAGCAGUUCAACGUAACAUGAGAAGAGUCGUCCACCGCUGGUUGAUCGGAAAGCAAUCAAUCAAUAAAGAAGACGUUGUGGAUUUGGGUGUUCAUAGAAUGUCAGGAGAGAUUAUGAAGGCGAUUGUGUUGUCAACUGUACCAUGCAAAGCAUUCAUUUGA